AGGAAUAAAGAGCCAAGUGUUUUUCCUCCCACAGUGAUCAGAACUCAUUCUACCUCUGGAGCUCGCACAAACCCCUCCGUCCCCCCAUCUUCUGUUUACUACAGCCUAUAUGUAGCUUUAAUUACACUGUUGUUUGGUAACAACUUGGACCCCGCUGCUCUCUCUCCCUCUCCCCAUUUUUUUCUCCUCCUGGCUCCGUAAAAACGCAGAGGAUCAUUCAUAAGGAAUGAGUGGACUCUCUGCGCGAUUGUUUUCUGGACUACUACACAUUCAGCGUGCGGAGCUUUGUACCAGAGUCGCUGCAGAAAUGUGGGGUAAUGAUGUGUGGCAGCUGUAGCCUCUGGUAUGGACAGCGGUGAGGGAGGAGGAGGGGAUGGAGGGGGAGGAGAGGAGAGAGAUGCUGACCUCAGUCCCCAGGCUUUAUCUCUUCCUCUCCUGACCCUGGCAGUCAUUCCUGAGCAGGGGUCAUCCUCUCAUACCUCAGCCAUGGCCCCUACCAAAGAGCCCCUGACCCUGCCUCAGCAGGAGGAGGAGGGCACAGAGCGGUCCCAGGCUAGAGAAGAGACCCAGGGAGGAGAGCAGAAAGAAGGAGGGCGACAUUCACGGGAAAAUGGAGUGCGUCAAAGGCAGGGGAUGAAGGAAGACUUCGGGGAGGGAUAUUUGUCAGGGCAAAACAAGGAAGAAGGGGAGGUGCUUGUAGGUAUAGGAGAGGCAUCAGUUACAGGGGGCCUCCCAGCAGCCCUCAACAGAAGAGGCAGAAAGGAGGAGAAGGAAGAGGAGGAGGCCAUCUCAAACCAAAGCCAAACCAAAUCCAAAUGUUCUUUAUUACCUCAACAGAGCCAGCACAGCUCUUCUUCCAGCACUGCAAAGGCCAGUGGCACACUCGACAGCAAAAUAGCCGCCUCUCCAAAGCCCUCUCCCACUCCUUCCCCCUCUCCAAAGCCCUCCCCCUUUUUUCCCAUUUCUCCAAAGCACUUCAGUUGUCCGUCCUCCUCUUCUGCCGUGCUGAGCGAGACAGAGGUAAAAGACAUUAAGGGAAAUCAGGGCUGGAUUUCUGGGUUUCCUCAGAGCUUUAGAUCCCAGCAGUCUUCUCUGGCUUUUCCACUGGCAGGUACAGAGCCUGCCAGUACACCUGCUGAGGAUGAUGGUCUGGCAGGGGUUCCUCAUUCUUCCAUUUCCAAUGGAGAUGGUGCCAAAGCUCCAGAACCAAAUGACAGCCAGCUAGACACCGAGGUGGAUGAUGAGAGAGACAAAGAAAGAGAACAGAAAGAAGCUGUCCUUAAAAACCACAACCAAGACCUCUCUCCUACUUCACUGACUGGUCACAUGACUAUAAUGCACUCACGUAAUUCCUGCAAAACCCUGAAAUGCCCCAAAUGUAACUGGCACUACAAGUCUCAGCAUACGCUGCAAGUCCACAUGAAGGAAAAACAUCCAGAGACGGGAGGCCAGUGUGUGUGUGGCACAUCUGAGGGAAAGUGUGUGUGUGGUGGUUCAACACGAGGUGUGUGUGUAUACUGCAGGUCGGGGAAACCCCAUCCGCGUUUAGCCCGGGGUGAAACCUACGCCUGCGGCUACAAACCCUACCGCUGUGAGGUGUGUGACUAUGCUACCUCAUCGAAAGGCAACCUCAGCAUACACAUGCAGUCAGACAAACACCUUAAUAAUGUUCAAAGUGGGGGAAACUUGAACGGCCACAUGCACACUUCUCAUAUUACUAACAGCAGCAGCUCCUCCAAUGGUCACGAAGUGGAUGAGCAGCCAUACAGCAAGCUGACACUCUCUAUCCCCGCACCUACUACCCAGCCUGCCAAGCUCACUCCACCUGCACACUCCCACUCUCAUGGUAAGCGGUGGCGAUGCGACGUGUGCGACUAUGAGACCAGCAUUGCCCGCAACCUGCGCAUACACACCACCAGCGAGAAACACACACAUAACAUGCUACGGCUCCAGAGAGGUUACUAUCUGUCUCACUGCAGGAGCCUUGCCCCACAGCUUAAACACCUGCAAAACACAGGUGCCGAGCUUUCACUGAACAUGCGGCUGACCAGUCAACAAGUCGCAGAACAGCCAGUUACCCUUGGGUCUACACUGACUCCAUCUCCCUCCCCUUCCCCGUCUCCCCCUCCAGCUCCAUCUCUGUCCCCCACUGGACCCCUUUCCCAGGGUGUCUUCCAAUGCCUUGUCUGCUCCUGCUUUUCGUCCGACAGCUUAGAGUCUGUGGAGCAGCACCUGAAUGCUCCCCGUUCCUUGCCCCAGUCUGAGUGGUGCUCCCUAGUUGCCGGUGGUUGCCACUGCAGGCUGUGUGGUUACACCACCCCGCUGAGGGCUAACUUCUCCUUACACUGUCAGACCGACAGACACCGCACCCGCUACCAGCUUGCUGCUCACCUCCAGGAGGGGGGAGACAGGGGUCAGGAGGGGGCUGCCCUCAUUGCUAAGGGCAACCCCAUCCAGCUGAGGUGCAACCUGUGUGACUACGUGACCAGCAGCUUGGAGAAGCUCAGAGGGCAUUCCCUCAGUUCACACCACGAGGCGAGCGUCCGGGUUUACAGAUUCCUGCAGCAGUAUGAUGGUGAAGUCGAUGGAGGUUCGUGGCUGUUCCAUUGUCUUCUAUGCAACCACUCCUCCUCUUCUAAACUCCAAGUACUGAAACACAGUCAAACCCUUACCCAUCAACAGCGGGAAGGGCUACUACAGCUGCAGCCAAUGGGUGGAGAGGAGCUGGCAGCCAUUUUUACCAUUAGGAAGAGCCCUGAUGGUGUCACGGGAGAGCUCAGUGAAGACAUGGAAACUUCCAGCGAGUCCUGCUCUGGUCCUUUGGACACAACCAAAGACACAUGUAACUUGGGGGCAAAGAAGAUUUCUGCAGAGACGGAAAAAAAUAGAGUGGAGGAAGGAGAAAAGAAGGAGUCAGUGCCCUCAGUCAAGCGUCCGUCAUCUGGAUGCGCGGAAAUGGAAAACACCAUCUUAACCAAACGCCCUAGAACACACCAGCAAAAUGAGAACCAGCAGACUGUCCAGUGCCCUUUGUGCCAGGUUAAACUCCCAUACACCCAACUUCGACAGCACCUCACACAUGUGCACAGUGUGGCGCAGGACUGUGUAGACAAGCUCAUCAGCGCAGUCGCAACACCCAUGGAACAACCGCAGCCUCAGCUGGAGACAGAACUACAGGCAGAUUCUCUCACAGAUGAUAUUCAGAAAAAUAAAACCACCAAGAAUAGCAAUGCAAAUAGCUCCCAUGCUGCAGAUUCCUGCGCUUCAACCAAUUCUCAGAAAAACAAAGGCAUUUCAGUGGAGAGCACUGAGGGAGACGUAGCCGCACCCAAAGAUGUCACAGCUCUUCUCACCCCACCCCUAGAAGACAACACCACUCACCCUUCCAAUGGCAGAUUGGCUCCCCAAUCCCCGACUCAGAUCCCCCCCUCCUCGCCUCCCACCUCACCACCCGGUGACCCCCCUCCCCUUUCUGAUCGUCAUGGUUACCGGUUCCGUUGCAGCAGGUGCAGCUUGGCGUUCCCCACUCAGGAGAAGCUCCAGCUGCAUUGGCAGUACCAUGCCAUGAGGGCGGCGACAGAGUGCCCCCUCUGUUCUAGACAAUGCCGCAGUCAGGAGGCCUUGCAGAGACACAUGCAGAACACGCACUCACAGCUGGACAGCACACAGGGACAGAAUACGCUAUGGCCACCUCAUACUGUGCAAUACACGGAGAAUAACAAGAAUUCAACUCAACAAGAUUUUAGUUUAUCACCCCAAGUUGGUCAAGAAGCAGGAGAGGGAGACGAUGAAGACAUAGAUGAAGGAGCAAUAAGCAUGGAGGGAAAAGAUGAACAAAAAGAUGUUAAAAAUAAGGAGAAAGGCAUGGUUUCUGAAGUGGAUGGAGGUGAGGAGGAUUUAACUGAGCCAGAGAAAGGGCCACAUGAGGAGAUCUUAUCAGAACUUGGUUCCAGCUCUCUUGUAAAAAAGAGCUCUAACCCCACAAUGGACCGUUAUCUGGAUCCAUCCAGGCCCUAUAAGUGCACCACAUGUUCUGAAUCUUUUACUCAGAAAACAAUCCUUCUGGUCCAUUAUAACUCCGUGUCCCAUCUCCACCGGGCCAGACGAGCCCUGCAGGAAACUGGCACUAGUGUUGCUGCUCCAGAGGCUCCCCGCGGCCCAGAUCCUAGACCAUACCGCUGCCGAUUGUGUGGAGUGGGCUAUAGCCAGAGUUCCACACUGGAUAUACACCUUCGAUCAGUCCUUCAUCAGACUAGAGCUCGUGCCGCUCAGAAUCCCACAUCACAGACGCCUGCAUCUACUGUAGCUGUUCCACAGUCUGUCCCCACUACAGCUACUCAGGCCGCUACCACUAGAGAAGAAACACUGAAGAGUUUGCCUUUCACCAAGAGGCCAGAUGGCAUGAGCUCGUCAAAUUCUUCAUUAGCUGGUUCUGGCUUAGUAGCUGACGCACAGCCGAUUCUGUCCAACCCAACAGAAAGCCCGCAGGCUAAAAAGCGAGUGUCAGAUCUUCUAGCUUCAAGAAACCAGCUAAUGCUAAUACAACAGCAGCAGAUAGCCCAGGCACAGGUCCAAGCUCAGUUACAGCAGCACACAGCUUUGCUCCAGUCUCAAGUUAUGCAGCACCUUCCCUUAGGGCCAGAGAAUCUCCUUAAACAACACUUCUCCCUGACCCCAGACAAUUUGCUUUCUCUUCAGCAGCAACUUCUUCUGCCCUUUUACAUGUCUGGAGAAAUGAAGCUCAACCCAGAGUUCAUUGUUAGUAGCCCAGAAUGUAGCCACUUGAUAUCUGCCAGCUCUAUCCUGAAAGAGCAGGUUAAGACAGAGGCUAAAAGGGAGACUCAAACAGAUGAGAAACAAACCCAGAAACAAAGUUCAAGUUCAGUUAAUACCCAACCAAAGGAUCUUUCACAGUGUGAAGCAAAGGUUGAUUCAGUCUUCAGUGACCCCUCUACUAACCAGACAGAAAAAGAAAACAGCAAUUCUAGUUUUGAGGAAGAAAAACGAGAAAUGCAUGCUCCUGUUGUUAAAAAUGAGAGUCGGGAGGAGGAAGCAGUUUCCUCCUCAUUUCAUCUUCUUGGAUUGCAGUGUCCUCCUCCCAGAGUGCCCUAUGCUGCUGUGAAUGGGGAGCCUCUCAGGGCCCUUCUGCAGAGUUAUGGCUAUGAGUUAGCACUGCAGUAUAUACAGAGUAGACACAAGCACCAGCAGCAGACAGCCACUCAAAAAAUACCAGAUAAGCAAGAGUUUUCUGAUAUAAACAAGAUCGAAGUAUGCUCAGAAGAGGCAAGAGAUCUAUUUUGUAAACUACAGGCUGGAAAGAUUGAGGGCUGUGAUAAAGGAGUGGAAGGCAAUGGAAACAUAGAAAGGUUGACAGAAGAGAAAAGUGAGAACAGAGGCAAAGAAUCGACUAAUAAAGAGAAGAAAUGCUGUGAAAGAGGGAAGAAGUGUAGAGACUGUGGCAAGUUCUUUUCAGAUGCAUUGAUUUUAAAAAGCCACCAGGAGUAUAUUCACAGAAUGCUGUUCCCCACUGCUGUCCUGGAGAGGUUUUCCAGAGAAUACAGGCUUCAGUAUGACCAGAUGUACCCACUUACAAAACCUAAAUCUGAAGAGGAUUCAGCUGUUUGUGCCCAAGUUCCACCUCCAGCUCCAGCUCCUGCUUCAGUUGCAUGCUCAGAAUCAGAACAAGCACCAGAACCAAUGAAGGCUGAAGUUAAAACCCUUGAAUCUUCACCAGGUUCAGAACCCAUGAAUAAAGCAGAUUCUACAGCUUCAGACCUAACAGUAACGGCCCCUUCAGCUUCUCCUGCUUCUCCUGGUCAACCUCUAGAUUUUUCACAGCGCGAGACACCCAUCCAGAUCUCAAGCACACCUGCUGCCCCUAUUUCCCAGAACACUCCGCCUUUACCUCUUCCCUUACCCAAAAUACCUAUGCUCCCUCUUUCCUUGCCUCAACUUUCUAUACCACCACUACCCCUACCAAAGCUUCCUCUACCACCAAUUCCUUUUCCCAUGGAGCUACCGCUCCUCCCUCCUGUUGUGAUGCAGUCUGUGGCUCUUCAGCCCCAGCCUUGGUUAGACUCGAGUGUAAACCCUGAGCUGGCAAAACUCUACCAGUCUCAGCUUAACCCUGCACUGCUGGGGCAACAACCACAGCUUAGCCCAGCUUUGUUAGCUCAGCAGUCACAGCUGAGCCCAGCUUUGUUAGGUCAGCCUCCACAGCUCAAUCCUGCAUUGCUUGGCCAACCAUCCCAACCCAGCCCUAUCCAAGCAGGACAGCAAAGUCAAGUCAGCCCAACAAUACCUGAACAGCAGCAGGGGAAGAGAACCCGAACGCGCAUCUCUGAAGAACAACUAGCUGUUCUAAAGAAACACUUCAAUAUUAACAGUCUCCCUAAUGAUGAAGAGAUCAACAAGAUGUCUGCUUCGUCCGGUCUGCCUCACAAAGUCAUCAAACACUGGUUCCGCAACACCUUAUUUAAAGAGCGCCAGCGAGACAAGGAUUCUCCUUAUAAUUUUAAUAACCCCCCAACCACAGCCCUGGAGGACUCCAGAGAGGAUAUAGCACAAAACCAGUCUCUGGCGCUUUCCCCAUGUUCACUGUCCCCUGGGUUCCCACACAACGCUUCCCCACAGCCUCAGACAACAGACCUGCUUAGAGGAGAACACCAUAGGGGCCGACGCUCUUCACGAACCCGCUUUACAGAGCAGCAGCUGGAAACCUUGCAGGGGGUGUUUGAGGCCACUCCCUACCCCAGAGAGGAAGAAUAUGACAGGUUGUCUGCUCUGUUAUCUCUCCCUAACAGGGUCAUCGUUGUGUGGUUCCAAAAUGCCAGGCAGAGAGCCCGCAAAACUCAAGACCGAGGCACUGAUGAUGGAUUAGAGGUGAAGAGCCAGCUUGACAACAUACACAAGCAGCGAAAUGGCUGCUAUCAGAAUGAUGAUAAUAAUCAGGAUAAUAGCUGUGAGGAUGAAGGACAAGGUGACUCUCAGAAUGAAAACUCCAUGGAUCUGACGUAUGAGUAUUACACCCAACCUGACUCACCUGCCCUUGAUUCUUCUACUCACUGCACAGAAAGUGAGCAUCCUGUAGCCAAAGGUGAACCGACACCUGCUCAAAAGAAGCAAGAAGAUAAAAUAAGUUCACCUCGAACUAACAUAAACACAGCUCCUGAUAAUACUGAAAAAAGAAAUUCAGAUGCAGAAAUCCAGCUUAAAGAAACUAUUCCAGCCAUGAAAACAGGGUUUUCUCUACAAGCCGAGACCAAAUUGCCAACAGAAGGUACUCUAGAAAGAUCCCAGACUCUUGCUACUUCCUCUUCACAGAAAACAGUACACACUACAUCUCAUCCAGACCAGGUGAAUACACACAACCAUCCUUCAGAUCAAGCUGUUGAAAAGGCGCCUGAGACAUCACCCAGCCUCCCUUCUGCUCUAGAGUCUGAAACAAGUCACACUGAUACUGCAGCUUGCCCAUCCACUGAAACCCAUCAGCAAACCCAGCUCCAAACCCAGGCUCAAUUCCAGUGCAAUCUUUGUCCAGCAUCCUUGCCAUCAUUCCAGCUGUGGCAGGAACAUCAGACCAGACACCUCCUAGCAGCUCAAUCCCAGGUGCAACUCCUCCACUCCAGCUUCACAGACCGAACCAUGCCUUAUAUGAUGCUUCACCCCAACCAUACCUUAAUGGCGAGCCAAAUGCUUUCCCAGAUACACUCAAAUCCCACACUUCCCAUGAUUUCGCACUUAAACAGCAUACAAAUGAAGAACACACUCUCUGAUCACUCUAGUAACACACUUACAAAUCCCCUGACAACCAUAAAGCAGGGUACAGCGCAUAUAUCAGAGACCGGUUUUGAGGGCCAAAGGGGCAGCAGAGAGGUCGAGGAGGAGCACAGAAGAGAUAAACGUCAGAGAACCACCAUCACUCCAGAACAACUUGAAGUGUUGUAUCAGCGCUAUAGCUUGGAUUCUAACCCCACCAGAGGAGUCCUCGAAAGCAUUGCACGCGAUGUUGGUCUCACGAGACGAGUGGUUCAGGUUUGGUUUCAGAAUACCAGAGCGAGAGAGAGAAAAGGGCAGUUCCGGUCAAUGGGGCCAGGAUCCAGUUUCACCUUGGGUUUGAAUCACUUGCGAUGCCCAUUCUGCAGGGCUCUCUUCAAGGUGAAAAGUGCUCUAGAUGCACACAUGAGGUCACGCCACUGGGCAGAGGCUGAAAGAGCAGGCUUCAACUUAACAAUGAGCAAUGGAUCCAGUGGGCAGUCUGGGAUGGCUAUGUCUGUCAUGGACAGACCAGGUCCAUCGAUAUCCUCCAGCCCAAUCCCAAACCACGGCCAUGUCAUCAGCAACCGAGAGUCAAGUAUGAAGUUACCCCUAACUACUUUGCCUUCAACCACUCAUCUAAACAACCCCGAGGAGGAUGAUGACUAUGAGGAAGAUGAUGAGGAAUACCCGUGUGAGGAGGGUUCCAGUAUGGCUGACCAAGGGUCUCUUAGUCCUGAAGGAUCUGUGGGUCCAAGCUCAGACUGGGGUGAGACACAAACUUUGCAGCAGCACCACCAUCAACAACAGCAGCGUCAAAGGACACAGAUGAGCCACUUCCAGUUACUCCAGCUGAAAGACUUUUACAGAAGCCAUCGCACACCCAACCGACAAGAGUGUGAGACACUGGGCCAAGAACUGGGUCUGCCUCACCGUGUGGUGCAGGUUUGGUUCCAAAAUGCCAGAGCUAAGGAGAAGAGGGCCAGGAGCCUGAGCUCUGACUCUGCUGAGAGGGAGAAUGCUGAGCUCUCGGCGGGAACAGGGGAGAGAGACAGAGCUUAGAGAGGCGGACUGUUUCCUUCAACUACGUUCGCACCAAAACCCCUCCUGCAGUUGCCAUCUUACUCCAAACAAACACCAUGUCCAGUUGCUGCCAUCCCUCUAACACGAACGCCCCAAAGAAGCCGAGUUGCAGUGGCCCAAAGACAAACUCUCUCAGCUAAAAGUAGGAGAGAGCACAAACCACGUCCUGUCAACCACAGCUUUCCAGUCUUCAUUUUUUCCUUCAACUCUUGCCCAAGUCUGUUCUUUCUAAAAAGAGCUUCUCUCCUUAUUCAGUCAGACACCUUACUACAACCAAACUCCACCUUGAUAAAAACCAACCAGAUGCCACAGAGGCCAAAGAGCAUUCUCAAAGUAUGUGACCUCACUGCCCAGCUAGACCUGCAGUCUACCUCUCAGUCUGCACGACAGACUCACAGUGGGCCCUCCACCAGACCAGUGCUAGAUGACUAGCUGUGUAGCAUGUAGUGCCAGUCUGUACGAGGCUGGAACAAAAAAAUGUCAAAGAGAUUUUAGUGUAAAUAGAGAGCUCCAAAAAAUAAACUUGAAGAAAAAACGGUUAGAAGUGGAAGAAGAAAAAGAAGAGGAAAAAAAAAACCUGAACUGUAUCCUUGAAAUACACAGGGAUAUUAGCAUAGAGCUUUUGUAAAGACUGACUCAGAUUCCAAAGCUCAUAACCAAAAUUUUACAUGUCUGUGGAUUUCGUUUGAACACGUUUGUUUUCAAUAACAAACUGCAGAGCUGACGUCUGUACGGUGAAGGGGUGAGAUCUGCAGCUGGCAUAGGUAAGCCGAGUACCAAUAGACUGACCCGGUGCUAGAAUGCAGCUUCACCCCCCAAAAGCCAAUGAUGAGUCUUCUGUUGUACAUGUACUCCUUCUAUGUUCCUUUAGUGGAUAACAGCCCAAAUAGCACAGAAAGUAAAGGCCAGUUUGUCCCAAAAGGGACAAACUAUUUUUUUAUAGCACUCAACCAUUAAACUGUAUAUGAAAACUUUAACCAAACUCGAAUUUACGUUGUGUGUGUUUAGUCAUAGUUUCUUAAUAUAAAUCUUAUGGAUUGAGAUAAACUGUCUUGCUUCGAUAUAAUAGUGUCAUGAUUAUGAAAAGAUUAUGACAGCUUUGAUAUGUUCAGGCGAGGUGACUUACUGCCUUUCCGUUCUAUUUGAAUAUACCAAUGGCUUACCAAUGUUAUGUGAUCAAUGUAAAGCUUUCUAUGCUCAGGUCAACAGCUCAACAUGGCUCUGCUUCAAAUGUGAUCUUAAUACUGGACUUUUCUGUUUUUAAAACAGAAGAGACACGGUUUAACCAUGGACUAAGUAUUAAAGGAUAUCUUUAAAAAAAAAGAAAGAAAAAAAACAUCUCUGUAUUUCAAAGAUCUGAGCUUUUCACCUCUGAGUAAUAGAUUGUUACAAAAAAAAAAAAGAACCUUAUUGAAACUAAAGUGUUUAAUAGCGUGAGGGGUAAAUGUACAGUAUUUAGCUUUUGUAUGGUUGACUCGAGACUUCAUUGGAUGUUUGAGACAUGGCUCUCUUUUCCACUUACAGAAAGAGAGCUACUGCGCAAAGCUGAGAAAAAACUUCGGAUGUUAUUGAUGUUAUUUUUGUACACUUAAUUUAUUUUCCCUCCUUUUCUCCCUCCCCACCUACCCACUUUCCGCUUUUUCUCACUACCUUUCUUCCUCUGUUCAUUUGCAACCAGUCCUUAUUCUAUCUGUAAUAAUGAUAAUAUAACAAUAAUAGCUAAACAAUAAUUAAUGCUUUAAGACAAAAAUCCAAAGACGUGAUAAUACUUUAACCAUAUGACCUACAAAAAAAUAAGCGCUACUGUUUACUUGACGAUGUAUUGCUGUUUUUAAAGAAGGAAGGAGUCCCUGUAUCUAAGCUACUGUUUUCUGCCUCUCAUAAGCACACUGGAGACUGUAACCAAAACCCCAAACUAGAGCCAUGGCAGUCUGUAAUAUAGCGGUUGAAGAGUUUUACUUCUCUUGAGAAAUGUUGCAGUUUAUUUUUCUUUUAUACCAUAGUGUUGAACUUCAGCCCUUAAGGAUGUCCAGUUUGCUGCUAAUGUACUGUAGUUUCUAACGAUACUGUAGAAAGAUGCAUGCUCUGAUCGCUUUACCACUAGGCUUUAAUGACUACAAACUGUAAUGAUACCUGUGAUGCUGUUGAUAAACUGCUCCUCUUUUAUUCUGUUCAGAAACAAAUGGAUAUGUGGGGCUCAAUUCCAUCAAGUUUUUUUUUACAGUAUCAUAAUAAUUACCCUUUCUCAGAAAACAGAAAUGGCUUUCGUAAUAUCAGAAUUUUUUUUUUUUUAAUUUCUAUUUUUUAUGUUAAAGCUUCCAGUCUGAGAGAAACCCUCCGGGGACAUUUACUUCUCAAUGCUUAAGGAGAUACUGCAGUUCUUUGAAGGAGUUCAGCCCCAAACCCUCUACUGGUUGAUGUCUUUCUGUGUUGCAAUGUCUCUUGUCCGUUUGUCCAGCUUAAACAGCUUUGCUAAACUCAGACUGACAUCACAGCCGACUUUCCAAAGGAUGUGGACUGACUAACUCUGUCAUGUUUCGUUCUUAACUAACCAAUGUUUACGACAAUACCAAUGAGCUUUCUUCUGUACAGAAAUGUGCAUUCCAAAUACCACAAAGGCAGUUUUUUUUUUAAAAUAUACUGAUUAUUUCAGAUUUAAUUUCUCUCGUAUUCUCUUGAUCUUAGUGACUGUAAGAUGUACAUAUUGGAGUACUCUAUGGUGAAGAGACUCUGUUAUCCUUACUGUAGGUAAAACAGUUCUUUUCAUUUUUUUUUUUCUGGAUAUGUUGUUGCCAUAGUGAUGACCAAAAAGAUACCUGUGAUGUGCACCUGUCCUUAUGUCCUGCUCCAGUGGUUUAGUGUGUCUCUAUACUCUCCCUACCCCAGUUGUGCUGGUGUGUGUUUCUCUUCCUUUCCCUCCCCGUACUCCACUGAGCUAAAUAAAGUCUGCUUUGGUGCA